AUGUCUCGAACAUUCAUGGCUUUGAGGGAGCAUGUUCUCACCAGAAAGAAGAGCCCAAAGGUUGCUGAUGAAGCAAUGUUUAGUAAUGGGAUAGGCACCAUAAUGCCUAUAUACGCCGAUGAGGUUGAACAUAAUAGGCAGCCUUGGAAUGGUUUAUUGGUUUUUUAUACCAUUGUUCGCAUCCCCUUUUCUAUCCUUUCUUGCUUCUCUAAACGGCAUGGAAAUACAGCUGAUAGAACGUGGGUUACAGGAGAUACGAUGAGAACAUCAGAAAUCGAUCAUCUUAUGGUAAGUGACAGCAUGCGCUAUGCAAUCUUGAUGUAG